CCGCUUCCCGCCCCCGAGCCUGAGCCGGUGCCGAACGGAGUAGAGCCGAGGUCGGACCCGGAGAGGAGCCGGCUGAGCGGGCGCCGACUCCCCGCCAUGGCCCGGAACACGCUGUCCUCGCGCUUCCGUCGGGUGGACAUCGACGAGUUUGACGAGAACAAAUUCGUGGACGAGCAGGAGGAGGCGGCGGCGGCGGCGGCCGAGCCAGGCCCGGACCCUAGCGAGGUGGACGGCCUUCUGCGGCAAGGGGACAUGCUUCGGGCAUUCCAUGCAGCCUUGCGGAACUCUCCCGUCAACACCAAGAAUCAGGCCGUGAAGGAACGAGCCCAGGGCGUGGUGCUGAAGGUGCUUACAAAUUUUAAGAGCAGUGAAAUUGAGCAGGCUGUGCAGUCACUGGACAGAAAUGGCAUUGACUUGCUAAUGAAGUACAUUUAUAAAGGGUUUGAGAAGCCCACAGAAAACAGCAGUGCGGUGUUACUCCAAUGGCAUGAAAAGGUCGUUAGAAGAGCAAGCCGUUUCAUCUAGCCCGUGUCCUGCCUAUGCACCAAUGUCCCCCUGCCCUGUAGAACUACAGGAAGCUCGCUUAUCAGUAUAGGAGACCAGGCUAUUACCAACACGGUAUCUAAAACUCUCCAUAAAGGUUUUGAGGGGUCAGCCACUUGGGCAGCCUUGGUGCUGUGCCGCGGUGGUGGCCUUUGGUCCUGCUGUGGGGUGUGCUGUGCCUGCUCCGUCGGGAGGUGAACUCCUGGGCUUGGUGGGGGUAGCUCUGGUACUCGGGAGCUGAGCAAGCCCUCUGUGUGGUGGGGAGGCCAGGCCCUUUGGUCCCGUUAAGGCAACUUGGUGCCGAGCCCUGCUGGCAUUUCUAAGGAGGCCUCAGGGAGGCAGCUAUAAUGAGCUCGUGUCUAUUUAAGUGUCUAGGGCAGUACCGGCAGGCCGGAAACAGCUUGUCAAAAAGGGAAACUUGGGGGGCUGUGCUGUGUAUGUGCUUGGUAACAGUGUUCUCAAGCCCAGCUCUGCCGUCUCGAGCUAGCAGCUCUUCGGGACCCCUGGCUCCAGGACAGGGCUCCACGCCUAGAAUGGGGGCUCUCUCGUC